AUGGACAUUCUGGGGGAUUUAUGGAGAUUUUUAGGAUUUAUUGAAGGAUUUAUAGGGAUUUAUGGGGAUUUUCAAGGGCGGAGGGGAUUGGUCGGGGACAGGGGAUUCGACGGAUUACCUGGACAGAGAGGGAAUAAGGGCUUCCGCGGCGCCGAGGGCCUGAAGGGCGACAUUGGCAGGCCUGGCACUCCCGGCCGACCCGGCGAGGUUGGCACUCGUGGGCGCAUCGGACCGCCUGGCCUCCCGAGCAAGAAGGGCGAACCGGGCGAGGAGGGCAUCGCAGGGCGCCCCGGGAAACCAGGUCGCCCUGGUCGCUCGGGUCAGAAGGGAAGACCCGGAGAUUUCGGACCUGACGGACCUCAGGGCGAGAGGGGCCUGCCGGGGGGGAGUUUGCCCGGGCUCGAGGGACCGAAUGGGGAUCCGGGCUUCCCAGGGGCUCCCGGACGCGACGGUCUGCCUGGCCUGAGGGGACAGCGAGGACCCCCUGGCGACGAUGCGCUACGGAGGGGCAUCCCUGGUGAUCGCGGCCCUCAGGGACUGCCUGGCCCUAAAGGAUUCCGCGGCGACGUCGGGCGACCUGGCGUGACCCGACCCCCAGGUCUGCGCGGCCGGAAAGGUGACCUCGGCGAGAGAGGUUAUCGUGGCUUGCCGGGGGUCAGCGGUGACCUCGGUCCGGCUGGUGACCCCGGGAUCAGUGGGGCGUUUGGAGCCGAGGGGUUGAAGAGAAGGGAGAAAAGAGAAAGAGAGAGACAGAAGAAGAGAGAUAGAGAGAGAAAAAGAGAGAGAGGUUAUCGUGGCUUGCCGGGGGUCAGCGGUGACCUCGGUCCGGCUGGUGACCCCGGGAUCAGUGGGGCGUUUGGAGCGGAAGGGUUGAAGGGCUUACCUGGUAACCCUGGCUUGCCUGGUACUUACGGAGGCGUUGGUAUCCCUGGCGCCCGAGGAGAUGUAGGUCUGCCUGGCGGUCUCGGCGGCACGGGCUUCAUGGGCAAGCCAGGACGCGACGGAGCCAAGGGCAUAGCAGGCUUACCCGGGACAGCCGGUCGACCUGGGCCCUCGGGUAGACAGGGCCCGAGGGGGGAGGGGGGGGAGAGGGGCUUCGACGGGCGGCCGGGACCCCCGGGGCAGCCAGGUCUCCCUGGCCCUCAAGGAGACGCCGCCCCCCCUGGACCACCCCCUAAAUCCAGGGGAUACCUGAUCACACGCCACUCGCAAGAACUCACCACGCCCAGAUGUCCAGCUGGCACGAAGAUUAUGUGGGAUGGAUAUUCGCUUCUACACGUCAUGGGCAAUCAUAGAGCUCAUGGGCAGGAUUUGGGCGCCCCCGGAAGCUGCCUCCAAAAAUUCAGCACGAUGCCUUAUCUCUUCUGCAACUUGAACAACGUCUGUGACUACUCUCAACGAAAUGACUAUUCGUAUUGGCUGUCAACUACCGCUCCAAUGCCUGUCAUGAUGACACCCAUCGAAGGCAGGGACAUUGAAAAGUAUAUUUCCAAAUGCGUCGUGUGUGAGGUGCCCUCCCUCACGAUCGCCAUCCACUCACAGACACUGGAGGUUCCUGACUGUCCCAUUGGCUGGGAGUCGCUGUGGAUUGGCUAUUCCUUUAUCAUGCACACCGACUCCGGCGCAGAAGGCUCCGGACAGUCGCUCUUGAGUCCAGGUUCUUGCCUCGAGGACUUCCGAACGAGUCCUUUCAUCGAGUGCACGGGUCAAGGACGAUGCAAUCUCUUCCCCUCGGCCUUUUCUUACUGGCUGGCGACGAUCGAACUCGAGGAUCAGUUCCGGAAGCCGAACCAGCAGACCCUCAAGGCUGGGGAUCUUAAGUCGAGAGUUAGUAGGUGUAAUGUUUGUUUGAGGAGUAGAGGUGGAGGUGGAGGUGGAGGAGGAGCUGGUGGUGGAUUUGGAGGAGCAGAUGCAGGA